AUGGAUGACUCAGCGGAUUCUGCCGCUGCGCUCAAGCGCCACCUCCCAGCUUCCUCCAAACAACCACAUCAGAAGCUCACCUCGAGUUCGCAGAAGGAACUCUCUGCUCAACAUCCACCUUUUCCCACUCCUUCGAUCGCACCGAUAUCCCAGUCGCCCGUUUCCAACCCAUCAAAACGCGUCACGAUCAUGGCCGAGGAACUCGAGUUCUCGUCAUUUGACGAGAAAGAUUGGAAAGCCCAGGAUGCUGCCGACGACCGUGAGAUUGCGCGACUCCUAGAGCAGAGUCAGGAUGGCCCUGGCGGUGGUCUCAAGCUUGACGAUACGCCUUUCGAUCAAACCAACAAAGCAGACGACGCAGAAGACUUUGAAGAUAUCAGCGACGACGACCUACCCGACGAAGAAGAGCCUAGCGCAGGCACAUCGCUGGAAGUGCCUGCCCUGACAGAUGACGGAAACACAAGCAACGAUGCAGACGACCUGUUUGGAGAAGGCCCCUCUUCUCCCAUCGACCUCGUCGAUGGCCCAACUUCUCCCGCUCCUCACGUUCGCGACGCCGAGGCAGUUGACGAUUCACAAGUGGUCGAUGCAGGCAUAAGCUUUGGGGCCAUCAAUUUUGACCCAGAUCCACACCUCAACGGCGCCGCCAACCAGGAUCCCGGCAUUCCUGCCCCUGCCGAAUCGAUCGGAGACUUGUUAAAGGCAACAUGGCCAGCAUACAAGAAAGGUCAUAUUCUUACCUGGAGCGAACUUUUGCCGCCAAAGAAGGCGACGUGGAAGGAGAAGAAGCCACUCAAGAAACCCAAGUAUCUAGUGACGAGCAAAUUAAGUCUUGACCUAGCGCCUGAUGAUGAAAAGCAAUUCCGGAUCCCUGGGCCAGCAAGCUCAACUACGAAGGCGAAGCCAAACGAAUUAGCGGUCAACGGUCUAAUACAUUGCAACCUCGCAAGCGAUGGCCAGGAGGAAGACAUUGCGCAGUUUGAUGUUGAUCUGGACUCUGACGCAGAAACUGUCAUGGGCUUCACGUUGCGUGAUAUUGAGUUGGCAUGCGAAGAUUGGAAUGUCCAUAUCGACACUGUCGAAAGCAACUUUGCGGCUCAACAGCUGGCUGCAGAACAAGCCGCAACAUCACAAAAGCGCCACAUCGACGAGGUUGAGCAAGAUGACGAAUGGGAUGCAGAGUUCCUGAUGGACGUCGCUGAUGAUCCCCAACCUCGCCCGAAGAAACGCAAAGCGAUUCAGCUCGGCUUGCCCGAAAUUCCUCGCUAUACGGCUCCCUCUUUCGAUAACUUUGAAGAUGCGACUCGGCGAGGCGCUAAACGCGUCCAUCUGGAUGUUAACGACCCACAUCUUCUGCUAGAGACGGAGUCAUAUAGUCACAACAAGAGGCCACGGCAAGAGGCCAAGAUGAAGCGCAUGGCGAAUGGAAACAUGGGCCGGGACAUCUCACAGCGUUUCAACCUCUCCAACGAUGAGGCGUACGAACUGUUGAAAGAAAAUCAUCAGAGUAAAGUCAGAGCUACUCUCGGAAACAUCUCGGUGGAACACGGCAUGCCCGCCCUCAAGCUUUCAUGGCCAUAUUACAAGGUCAAGCUUGGUGGGACAACAGAUGAAUAUCAUCGCCCUCGCUUCCGCUAUAAGAAGACAGUGGGACACACCGUCAAGUUUGAUAAGCCAAUGCACUUCAAGCGAAAGCAGAUGAAAGGCAAGGCGCAUGAAAUCUUCCUCAGGUCUAGGGACUUGAGCUUGUGCGAUAACUCGGCCGCUGUGCUCUUCGAAUACUGCGAGCCGAGGCCGAGGGUAUUAAACAGCUUCGCAAUGGGUAGCCGGCUUAUCAAUUACUACAGACGGAAGGAAAACAGCAAUGAGGAGGAUCAGCUUGCGAAGCUGGACCUGGGCGAGUAUCGCACCCUUCUUCCCGAGGAUCGGUCGCCAUUUUCCCUAUUUGGCACCGUCGACCCUGGUGAAGUUGUGCCAACGCUGCACAACGAAAUGUACAGAGCACCCGUUUUCAAGCAUACCCCUCGGAACACAGACUUUCUUAUUAUCCGCAGUACUACGGGUAUUGGUGGUCCCAAAUGGUACAUACACAAGAUUGAUCAUAUGCACGUCGUCGGCCAGACCUUUCCAUCCGUGGACGUUCCAGGGCCUCAUAGUAGGCGCGUCACGAAUGCGUCAAAAAGUCGAAUGAAGAUGCUGGCGUUUAGAAUGAUUAGGCACAGCCGAACAGAUAACUGCCAGUUGUCCGACAUUACUAAGCAUAUUGCGGACUCUACGGAUACUCAGAAUCGGCAGAAAUUGAAAGAAUUCCUCCAAUACGACAGAGAUAGCAAGGAGAAGGGGAUGUGGCGUCUCAAACCCGGAGAGAUACUUCCCGAUGAAAAUGCCAUACGCGCCAUGAUCAAGCCUGAGGAGGUGUGCCUUCUUGAUGCCAUGCAGCUCGGUAUCAAGGAACUUGAGGAUGCCGGCUAUGACCCUCGCAAUGCCACCAUCGACGAUGACGCACAGGGGCUGGAUGCGGACGAAGACGAAGACGACGAUGGCGAAGGAAGCAAAAUCGUCAAGGGGGCUAAGAAGGUUGCCGAGAAGCAGGAAGAAACACUUGCUGAUAAAAUGGCUCCCUGGAAAACGACAAAGGCGUUCAUCGAUGCAUGUGCUCAGAAGGCCAUGCUUCAGCUACACGGCGAAGGAGAUCCUACCGGCCACGGACUUGGAUUCAGUUUCAUCAGAACUUCCAUGAAGGGCGGCUACAUAGAAGCGGUUCAGGGACCCUUGGCCACGUCGGCGGAUGCAAUGGAGCGUGAGAAACGGGCUAACGGCGGACACGCAUACAACGUCAAGAAGCAGCAGGCAAUGUACGAAGACGGUAUUCGCGAAAUCUGGGACAAGCAGAAAUCGACCCUCUCGGACCCCCAAGAACACGAUGUCAACGAUAUUGCGACGACAGAAGACGAAGACGAUAGAUUCAACGUUCAGUCAGCAGCCACGCCGGCCGUAUUCGACGACGGGAACAGCCAGAUCAGCGGCUUAACAUCCUCCAGCCGCCAUCCGAAACGAGCGAUCCGCAUCUCGAGAGAAGUAGAGCUUCCAGACGGCACGACGCAGACGAGGAUCGAGGUUGUUCAUGACCCAGUAGUCAUUUCACAAUACAUCAAGCGGCGAACCGAGGCCGACUUGGAAAUGAGAGAGUACGUCAAAGCCAUUGUUCGCGUUCAAACCCUUUCCAAAAAGCCGCCCGCCACCUGGAGGAAGCUGCCCGUCUCCGUCCGGGCACUUCAUCGGUGGUCGAGGCUUGCGAAAUCUUACAGCGCCAGCUUACGUAUAUUUCUCUACAGUAUCUACAGCGCAAGGCCUACGGGCAAUGCCGAUCAUGACCGUCUUGCGGGCCUUAGGAUCAAAAAGGAACUCGAGCGACUGGAGAAAAACAAGGCUCGACGCCAAGCUCGGGAACAGCAGAAAGAGCUGCAUCAAAAAGCCAGCGCCGGCGACGCCGGGUCUCCUGGAGCCGAUAAGAUCCCUACAGGAACUACCCGCAAUAUGGUAAUUCCUACUUGUUCACCUUCACCCCCCAUCUCACCACCCCCUCGUGUGUUGUUUGAUUGGUGGCAUCAUGCCCAGGAGGCGGAAGAUGGCGCCAGUAGCGCCAGAAGGAAGAGGAGAAGGAAAGCAACUCUCCUAGCCCGAAAGCUGCAUCAGUCAGAUGCUCAAGCUAGGAAACAAGAACGAGCAACCCUGGCCAAGCGAAACAGGAGUAAGAAGGGCAGGGAAGAGGAGCCAAUUCAAACGCAAGAAGAGCUUGAAAAAGAGCAAGCGCUCCGCGAGGAAAAUGAGCAGCUGCAAAUCCUCAAGCGAGAAUUGCAGGCAAAAGCCCGCCAGCAGAGAGAAGAAAGAGAAAGGGCGCAAGGCUUCACUGACCGGGCAUGGUGGAGAGCCGCAGCUGGCAGGUCUCAUUAG